UCGGCCCAAGGGGCGGGUGUUCAGGCGCGGCUGCGCGCGCAGCUACGGCGGCCCUGCCUAGUGCGCCAGCUGUCACCGCCAUGGCUGCCCCGUGUUUGCUGCGGCAAGGACGAGCCGGGGCGCUGAAGACUAUGCUCCAGGAAGCCCAGGUGUUUCGAGGACUUGCUUCUACGGUUUCUUUGUCUGCGGAAUCAGGGAAGAGUGAAAAGGGUCAGCCACAGAAUCCCAAGAAGCAAAGUCCACCAAAAAAUGUAGUGGAACCAAAGGAGAGGGGCAAGCUCCUAGCCACCCAGACAGCAGCUGAAUUGUCUAAAAACUUAUCUUCACCCAGUUCUUACCCGCCAGCUGUGAACAAGGGCGGGAAGGUAGCUAGUCCCAGUCCCAGUGGCAGCGUGCUGUUCACAGAUGAAGGGGUUCCGAAAUUUUUGUCAAGAAAGACUUUGGUAGAGUUUCCACAGAAAGUUCUGUCUCCAUUCAGAAAACAGGGCUCUGAUUCAGAAGCUCGUCAGGUGGGUCGGAAAGUGACGUCGCCUUCAUCUUCAUCCUCGUCUAGCUCCUCUGAUUCUGAAUCUGAUGACGAGGCUGACGUUUCAGAGGUCACUCCUCGAGUGGUGAGCAAAGGCAGAGGGGGGCUUCGAAAACCGGAGGCCUCUCGUUCCUUUGAAAACAGAGCCCCCCGAGUUACAGUAUCAGCAAAAGAGAAAACCUUGCUGCAGAAGCCGCAUGCGGACAUCACUGAUCCAGAGAAGCCCCACCAGCCAAAGAAGAAAGGGCCCCCUGCUAAGCCAUCAGAAGGCAGGGAAGAUGCGAGACCAAAAACCACAAUCCCCAGAUCUCAAGUAGAUGAAGAGUUUUUGAAGCAAAGUUUAAUGGAAAAACAAUUGCAGAAAACAUUUAGAUUAAAUGAAAUAGAUAAAGAAAGCCAAAAGCCAUUUGAAGUUAAAGGACCCUUACCUGUCCACACAAAAUCAGGGUCGUCUGCGCCACCGAAGGGCAGCCCAGCACCUGCUGUGCUGGCAGAAGAGGCCAGAGCAGAGGGGCAGCUGCAAGCCAGUCCUCCUGGGGCAGCAGAGGGGCAUCUGGAAAAAUCCGUGCCAGAGCCCCAGCGCAAGGCAGCCCCUCCCUUGCCCAGAAAGGAAACCUCAGGGGUGCAGGGAAUAGAAGGGCACCUGAAGGCUGGAGAGGCAAUCGUGGAAGAUCAGAUACCACCAAGCGAUUUGGAGACAGUUCCUGUUGAGAAUAACCACGAUUUCCAUGAAAAGACAGCAGCGCCGAAGCUUGAGGCCGAGGGCGAGGCCAUGGAAGACGCAGCCACACCAGGGGACGACCGAGGCGGCACUCAGGAGCUGGCCCCAGCGCCUGCUGAGCCGUUUGACAACACUACCUACAAGAACCUCCAGCAUCAUGACUACACCAUGUACACCUUCUUAGACCUAAACCUCGAACUCUCAAAAUUCAGGAUGCCUCAGCCCUCCUCAGGCCGGGAGUCACCUCGACACUGAGGGCCCUCGGUGUGAAGAUGAACCUUCCACCGUCUUCACUGCAUCCUGGAGUGCAAAAAUAAAAUCCACUCAAGAGUCACAAA